UUCCCCAUACAAAAAGGCACUAUCCCAAUUCCAAAGUUUAAAUAUACCCACACAAAACCCAAUAACAACAACAAACAAUCUUUCCAUUCUUCAUCACAUGAAGACACACAAACAAACACAAUUUCCACAAACCCAAAGAAAAAUGACUGGUCUUAUAAUGGUUACAAAAGGCGGAGUAUGCGGCGGUGGAGCUUCAAAAAGUCCUGUAUCAUUAUCUAAAUCCUCUUCUCAUGAACAAAAUCAGCUCUCGUUACUUACGUUGAUUUUGGAAACUAUUAGGAAAUCCAUGGUUUCUUGUCGUGUGGAUCGAAGUCAGCAAGUUAUUUCUACUGUUCGUCAAAUGGAAAUUGGUUGCCCUACCAAUGUUCAGCAUAUUACUCAUGUUACUUUUGAUCGAUUUCAUGGUUUUCUUGGUCUUCCUCUUGAAUUUCAAGUUGAAAUUCCUGCUAAAGUUCCUAGUGCUAGUGCUAGCGUGUUUGGUGUUUCAGCAGAAUCUAUGCAAUGUUCGUAUGAUUCCAAAGGAAACAGUGUCCCCAUAAUACUUUUGCUAAUGCAAGAGAGGUUGUACUACCAAGGUGGUCUUAAGGCAGAAGGAAUAUUUCGGAUAAACCCAGAAAAUGGUCAAGAACAAGAAGUUAGAGAUCAGCUUAACAGGGGGAUUGUGCCAGAUGAUAUAGAUGUACACUGUUUAGCCGGCUUAAUCAAGACCUGGUUUCGGGAGCUCCCUUCUGGAGUGCUUGAUGGUCUUUCUCCAGAGCAAGUUCUUCAAUGCAACACUGAAGAAGAUUACAUCCUGCUUGUUAAACAGCUUAAACCAAUGGAAGCUGCACUUCUUAACUGGGCUAUUGAUCUUAUGGCUGAUGUAGUAGAGGAUGAGGAAUUCAAUAAAAUGAAUGCCAGAAAUAUUGCUAUGGUUUUUGCGCCCAAUAUGACUCAGAUGUCGGAUCCAUUGACAGCUUUAAUGCAUGCUGUUCAAGUAAUGAACUUGCUCAAAACCUUAAUAACAAAAAGUCUACGAGAACGUGAACAGGCUGUGACUGAUGACAGCUAUUCACCUAUGUCGUCGCGCCUUUCAGGCAGAGAGAGUGAUGAGGAAUAUCACAGCCAACGUGAAAUGGAUACAAGCUGUGAAUCAAGAGGGUCUGCUUCUGACUGUGAUGAAUCAGCUGAUUAUAGUCAUAAUGUAGAUGAACAUGGUUGCUUAAGCGAAAUAGAAGAAUGCUUCUUGAACCAAUUAGACCAGAACAAACUAGCGAGUAAUCGAAAGGAUGAGUCCGACAUAUUAAUUCCUGACUCUAAAAGAUGGAGUUGUAGAUCAAGUACUAAAGGAAAUUCAUUUGACAUCAAAAGCUUAUCGGAUAGAUAUGAGGAUGUAAAAGAUGUCGAAAUGGUGGAGACCGCAACUUCAUUGCCAUUAUUUAUCAACAGUUGACAUGAGGGAUUCUCGAUUUCUCAAGGUAGCUUCGAAAAUCUUAUUCAACAUUAAUCUGUCUUGUUGUGUGUAUUUAUUGAUCACAGCUUUAUGGAGCUAGGAUUUCAUGAACUCAUGAUGGGUUAGGAGUUUAGGACUGCUUUGCUUCAUUUAAAUAUUCUUAGCCUAGUAAGUCAAGAUUAGAGGUCUAAUUUUCCACUGACUUUUUCAAGCUGACAAAGGGCUUUGUAUACUUUGAGCCCUUGACCAUUUAUGAUGGAAGUAGAUUACUUGAACAUGAAAGUUCAAGUCUCACUAAAAUUGUAUUUGUAUGGAUUUGUAGAAAUUGGUUUCCCAGGGGAAAUUGAUCUAUUUGUACCAAUUUAACAUUGAAAUUUAGUUGUUUUUUUUGUAAUUAUGUUGGAGUUUAUAACAUAUCCUGAAACCUUAACCAUAAGUUUAAGUUUUUGGUUGAGUUUUGGUUCCUUGAUAUGGUAUCAAAAGCCUACGUGACAGAAGAUCACAAGUUCGAAUCUCAUCCACCCCUCAUUUCGAAGUGGAAUAUUUUGUGCCGUAGAUAAGGAGAGCAUGUGCUGCAUCUACACUUCUAGUCGUAUGAUGGGACAUGUUAGAGUAUAUAACCAUUAUGAGGCCUUAAGCCCUUAACCAUGAAUUUAAACUUUUAGAAGUAUUGUUUUCAGAUGUUGAAUUUGGUUUAUUUUGAAAAGUAGUAGUUAUUAGUUGAUCUACAAUGGACAAAAAUGAUCAAGUUGUGGUAUUUGAGUAUUUG